AUGGAUGGGUGCCAAGGUGGUUCAGUCAAAGAGUGGCCAAGGGCAAUUAUGGUGGUAAAAGAGGAGGUGGUGGCGACAGAUAAAGAGAAAUUGGAGCCAUGUAUUGUCUUGAAUGCUUCAAAUGGAGUUCUGGGUCAGCCAUUGGAAUUCAUCUGUUAG